AUGAAAUUUGCCCCGCUAUUUGCUCUGGCCCUGGGCACCAUAUCAACAGCACUGGCCAGCAGAAGCAGCAAUGCACCCAACGAUCUCAUUCCAGCAGAAGCACCCAUGCAACCUGUAUCUAGCGCCCACUCAGCCCACACAGAGAUGACACAAUCAGAGACCAGAGCCAAAAUAGUUCAGCUAACCAUGCAGCUCGUCGAUACAAUAUAUGAAAUGCGCAGUGCCUCCUCCUUUGAACAACAACAUCAGCAGCAGCAGCAGCAGGAGUCUGACAAAACUCAUGUUCGUGCUAAAGGCGAUAAUGACGAUGAUGAUACCACCUCAAAGCUCAUCAAUAUAGCGGCAUCUGCUAUACGCCCAGUUAUAAAGGAGUUUGCUAAUGUUGUAGGCAGCGUUUUGCCUGCGGGAGCGCCGCAACAGCUUAUCAAGGCGUCGGCGAAUGCUGUGGACUCGCUGUUGCCGUUAAUUUUGAAAUACGCGAUUGGGCUUUGA